AUGGAGGGCUAUUCAUUCACGGGCUUCAAGGGUCUCUCUGGGGUCGACAGACAAUGGCGUGCUUGCUUCAACAUAUGUGUCCCCGCAGCGAAGGCUGAGCCCAUAAAGUCUGCGCUUGCGCAGAAAGGUGUCGUUAAGGAUCCCUCACAGAAGAAAAGGGUGCAGUUGCAAGCUCCCCUCAAGCCGGAGGAGGAGGAGGAUGCAGACAUCCCCCUCAUCGUGGCAGACGUUGAAACCCACGCUCAAGAGAUAAGAGCGCUGGCAAAAGAGAUCAAGGAACCAUCGCAGAAGCCAUUGAGCAUUACAACGGCCAGUCAUGCGACCGCUGCAAGCCCUGAGAACAAAACCCUGCAAGAGCAAGUUGAACAGCUGGAAACUGGCCUUGCGCGAUGUGUUGCAGAUUUUCGUGCUCAGGCAGAAGAGGUGCUGAUGCAGCAUCUUGACAACCUUGAGGAGGUACAGCUGGCUCAUGAGUUUGAGGUGGCAAACUUGAUGGCGGAAAACAUGCUUCUCCGGGAGAAGCUAAGUCUCAAGUCAACAGAGCAAGUGCGAGACGUGAUGUUUCAAAAUAUGGUUCCAGAACCCAAGAAGAAGCCGCGACGGGGACAGAGGAACCAAUUUCAGGAUGAUGAAGAAUCCGGGCCACAAUCCUUCAAGCAAAAGCAAGAUGACAAGGGCUUCCCUCCGCCUGCCGGCCAUCAGCAGCAAGGCCGAAAUAGAAAGGGUGGUAAGAACCAACAGCCUGGAGGGAGCUGGCAAGCCUUCAUGGCCUGGGUCCCCAAUGGAGCUGCCAUGCAGAAUGCGGAGCCAUGGAAGCCUUUGCCGCAACCUGACAUUGCACAAGCUCAAAGUCCGCAGGCGCAGGGCAAAACAAAGAAAGAGAAGAGAAAUCCCACCGGGUCGGAUCCUUUGUCCGUGAUUCCUGGCAUGCCCUCGGAUGACAAGCGGAAAGAAGACGAUGAUGACUCAGAUAGCGAUAGUGGCAGAAGUAAUUUGGCUGGGGAAGAGCAGUACGAGAUGCUUGAGGUUUGGAGAGCUUCUUCUAAGCAGAUGAAGAAGUUCAAGCGGGGCAGCCACGGAGAAACUGAGAGUUCCGUGCCCUUCCGUGAGGAGGAAGAUGAGUAUCAAGAACAGCCCCCGCAUGGCUGGAUCUUAAAUCCGGACUCGAACAUUCGAAUCUCUUGGGAUCUCGGUAGCUUGGUGAUGGUGCUGUACGACAUGGUCAUGAUCCCCAUGCAGGCCUACACACUCCCAGAGAGCGUUUUCUUGGACUUUAUGGAAUGGUCAACACGUCUAUUUUGGACAUUUGACAUUUUUUUCUCAUGCAUCACCGGGGUUGUCAUGACGGAUGGCUCGGUGGAAUACAAUCUCAAGAUCAUAUUGAAGCGCUAUGCCAAGACAUGGCUGUCUCUCGACUUGCUGAUCGUGGUUUCUGACUGGGCCGAAGUUAUAUUCUCCAGUGGGAGCAUGGCCAUGAUCAACCUGGCUCGCAGCACGCGCAUCAUCCGAAUUGUUCGACUGCUGCGGUUGGUCCGGAUGCAGGAGAUCAUGGCCAAUGUGACUGAGCGCAUACAAUCGGAGACCCUUGGGCCAAUGGUGCAAGUCGGCAAGGUUACGAUCGUGCUGCUGACGAUUUCGCAUUUCACGGCCUGCCUUUGGUUCAGCGUCGGCAACCGUACUACGACCGAGAAUACAUGGGUGAAAAUAGAGAACUAUGAGACUGCCGGUGUUGAUGCUCAGUACUUGGCUUCCUUACAUUGGGCACUAUCCCAAUUUUCAGGUGGCAUGGACGAGAUCACACCCGCGUCUUCGUUGGAGCGGCUUUUCGCAGUGGGCAUCGGCACCUGCAUCUUCGUUAUUGCGCUGGUCAUGAUGGGUGUGUUCACCUCUGGUCUGACACAGCAGUACAUCAUAGGUGGCAGUGGAGCCCGUCAGCUGGCCACUCUAAAGAGAUAUCUGAAGCAGAACAAUGUCUCUAAAGUCAUUACGAAGCGAGUGUGCCGAAAUGCAAAGCAUGCAAUUUCCGGCGAUUUGACUCCAGAGUCAGUGGAGUUGUUGCAAGUCAUCUCAGAGCCCCUGAAAGUGGAGCUGGCUUUCGACAUGUACUCGCAAGUCCUCAUGUGGCAGCCCUUCUUUCUGGAGCUGCUUUCGGAGAGCUCCCCGAUCAUGAAGCCGAUUUGCCACAGAGCAAUGUCAAUGCUGUUGCUUUCCAGCACCGACAUCAUCUUCAAUUUGGGGGAGGAGCCCGCCGAACCGAAAAUGUACAUAGUUGUGUCAGGUACCUUGGAGUACACGGACUCGUAUGGCGAAAUUGCCCCGGUUGGCGAGAGGCGGUACUUAGCCGAAGCCGUUCUUUGGACACAUUGGAAACACCGGGGAACUUUGACCGCUGUGAGUGAUGCGAAACUGGCUAUGCUUGAUGCGCAGGGCUUCCGGGACAUCUGUCAAAGGUUUAUGAGAAGAAGCGAGGCGGCGCUGAGGAUUGUGCGGUACGCCUCGGAUUUUGUGGAUGAGUUGAACAAGCAAGAGUUCAAGACAGAUCUCGGCAAGUGA